GAGGAAAUUCCAGCCAGGCCAGACGUUCUCUGGCCAGGCGCAGAUCCUUUAACACCUCCGCGGGGGCUCUCCACAUACGUCAUGGUUCGUUUCCGACAAUAUGUGGCACAGACGAACGUGACGUUCACAGCCUGUGAAUUGUCGAUAACUGCCGAAAAUUAGGGGGAUUUCCGGGCGUUUACAGACGUUUACGAGGACGGACAUCCCACUUUUCAUGCAGUGAUUGUGAGAUAGGGCAUUUGUACGGAAGAUGGGCCACGUGAAAUUUUUUUGUUCUGACUUAAAUCUCAGUAUCGAUCAAACCAUUGUUCCGUCUUCCUUGAUGCAUUGUGAGGGCAUCCCUUUAGAACUGUUGGCCCUCUCUAUUUCGUCCUACCUUCGCGUUCACGUCCCGCUGAUUACCCGGGCCGGGUUUCAAUGAUUUAGUAAUGCUUAUACGGUGGUUACCACUGAUAACACCGUCCUGACCCACGACGACGGGAAGCCAGCUUCAUGGAAGUGCAAAGCUGAAAUCCAGGUCCCCUAGGAGGGUGAGCUAACCCCCAAUAAGAAUGAUUCAGACAUCCUGCGUCUGCCGUCUGACGCUCCUGCAAAAGCGCAGGUCCAUUCCAUUCAUUUUUAACGAGGGUAGUGCGUUAAGGCUGCGGUAGUCCAUAUCCACGACCUUCCACUUCCGGGAUUGCUCCGUUGCCACCGGAAAUCCCUCCGGAUGUCUUCUUUUUGCUGUUUUCGGUCUGAAUGCCCUGUAACCCCGUUACAUUAGGUCUGUCAGCACUGUAGCUGUUGUUGGCGAUGUUAGCCGCCACAAUUUUGGCUCAGCCACAUCCAUGUUUGCAUGUUACGUCAGAGGUGAGACAAGAGGUGCAGGCAAUCCGGGCCCAGACUCCACACAGGACUGUUUGUCCGCACUGUUGUUUUGGUAAUUUCCCUUCAGCAAAAGAUCUGAAUACUUCCUCUAACACCGAGUACUACAAGCAUCAAGUGAAACAGUCACUUUCCCGAUGGUCGUCAUGGUUUCCUGUGAUGGUGAGGAUGUGGUCGACUUCUAUGGAAAACCUGAAACAGGAAGACUCACAACACAAACAAAGGAUGGAGAUCGCAUCACUCUGCCUAAUGCUCUCCGCCUCGCUGAUCGUCACUCCCGACAGAUCUCAGUUCUUCCAGUAUGAAGAAAUCUCUCUGACGUGCGCUGCCAAAUCCAGCGGCUGGACGGUGAAAAGAAACACCUCCGCUAGGACUUCUCAGCCAUGUAUGUUUGGCUGGGGGAUCCCAGACGAGUCGUCCUGCACCGUUGAGUCCGCCUUCCCAUCCGACACCGGAGUGUACUGGUGUGAGUCUCUGCAGGGAGAGUGCAGCAACAGUUGUGAUCCUGGAGAGUCCUGCACUUCCUGUGGCGGAGGGAGACAACGUGACGCUCCGCUGCUCCUUCAAGGAAAGAUACGACACGCAUCCUGCAUCCAACUUCUCCGCCGCGUUCUUCAAAAACGACGUGUUCAUCGGCUCCGAGCCUGCGGGAGAGAUGAUCCUCCCAGCGGUGUCCACAACUGACGAAGGCUUCUACAAGUGUCAACACCCAACCAAGGAAGAGUCCCCGGACAGCUGGCUGGCUGUCAGAGCUCGGCCUGCAGAUGCUUCUCCUCCUCCUUCUCCUCCUCCUCCUCUUUCUCUGACGAUACCUCUCCCCUGGCUGCUCUGCUUCGGCCUGCUCUUCCUCUUCUACAAAGUCAUCGUCACACUGGGUAUCUACAAGUACCGCAGGAGGGCUCGAACUCGAGCCAAGGCGACAAGCAGAGCGUCCAAUCAUCUCGUACCGGAACGAAGAAUAUAAUUCAUAUGCUGGCAAUAUUCAUCUUUUUGUAUUUAUCUUGUUGUGGUAUUAAGAUGCCUACAUGCUUUAUUUAACUGUCUGGUUGUCCUCGGGGUCAAAGUUUCUUUCAACCAAAUUGUCCAAAAAAAAACAUGGAUGGUUCCGUACAACGCUCUUCACAAGUAAAAUAAAUUAUCAGUUCACUACAGUUUUAUUCAAUCUUAUAGCAUUGGAAGAGAAACUGAUGAAUGAACGUUAAAAAAAGUGACAAAAAUGUCAGAAAAAGUGACAAAACCAUCGAGGGGAAGGCGACAAAAGUGUCGAAAAAGACGACCAAAAAGUAUUUUUCAAUUUUGACCCAGAAAAACCCAGAGCUUGUGACCAGGAGGUCGUCGGUUCAAUCCCCAGAUCGGCAGGGGAAUCUGGGAGGGGAAAGUGAAAGAGCUUGUCUCUCCCCUCAUUACCACCAUUGCGGUGCCCUUGAGCAAGGCGCUUAACCCCCAACCGCUCCAGUGGAGCUGCUCAGUGGCCAGCAGAUCAGACUGGGGUUGUACUGGGCAGUU